AUGAGGGCCUCGUUGCUGUUGCUGGGGGGCAUCGUGGUAUUCUCGGUCGCGGUUGCGAGGGCUCUUUCGUGUGUGUGCUCGCCCCUCGAGUGUGACGUUCUUACGGACGAGGAUUGCCCCGGAGGCCUCGUCUCGGACCCCUGCGGAUGCUGCAAGGUCUGCGCUCGUGUCGAGGGAGAACCAUGCGGCGGUCUGUUCGGCUUUUCCGGAAGCUGCGCCGACGGUCUGCAAUGCGUGAUCAAAAAUCUUCUACCCAAUACACGGGAAGUGGACGAGGGAGUCUGCACAAAGAUUCCGGGCAGAUGGAGAAGGCAUUGUCCGAACGGGCCGAUACUGUCGGAGCCUGGAUGCAACUUGGUUUCUGAGGGAAUCACCGGAGAGAACGGAAAUACAGUGGCGACAGGAAAGUGCGUUUGUGGACCACCGGUACCUCGGUGUCCGGACGAGCCACGGCCUUACAUGUACCUCACGCGAUACGAGUGCAAGCUGAAUUUGGCUGCAAAAAUGGGUUACGAUGACCUCUUUAAUUCCGGAGACACGGUGGCAGACGACGUCGAAGGAGAGUACGUCCAGGGCGCCGAGUGUCCGGAUGACAGCGUCAGAGGCGAAAACGGUGGUUGCAAAUGCGCGCCGGACUGUCCACCGGCGGGAUGUCCAGCGGGUCAACGUCCGAACCAAGUGAAGCCAGCGGAUCCAGAUACCCCCGGUAGCUGUUGCGCCCGUUACGACUGCGUUCCCUCAGAAUCCGUGACGUGGGCGAAGGUGGCAACGGAAAACGCAAAAUCGUCCAAUUAUUGCAUUCACGAGGGGAAGGCGAAGAAACUGGGCGAACGAUGGCAGGCGUCGGACUGUCUGAGCUGCGUCUGCGACGAAGAGGGACCCGACUGUCAACAACGGAUGUGCAAAUCCUGCGAGAACGCUAUUCCCCCGGAUCCGGGCGAGUGUUGUCCCCAUUGUCCAGGACCGACGAACGCUACUCUCGAGGAACCGGUGGAACCGGCGGAACCGCCUUGCCAGUACUCGAUGGAAUAUUGCACGUUGGAUUGCAAACACGGAUACGCAAACGACGAAAACAAUUGCCCUGUUUGCAGUUGCGAGAAGGAGAACGCCAUCGACGCGUCCGAACCGCCAUCGAGCACCGAUCUUAACGCGUGUCCAGAGUUACCGUACUGCGGGCCGAAUUGCGAUGUAACGAACGACGAAGCUGGUUGCUCGGUAUGCGACUGCCAGAAUCCACAGACUUUCGACGAACCCACGAACGGCACGGUCGUGUUCGUCGAGGCCGGGAAGAAGGUUUGCCCCGAAGUGAACUGCGAUCUGCACUGCGAGCGGGGACUGGUAAUGGACGAAAACGAUUGCACGUUCUGCAAAUGUAGGGCCCCGGAGUCCGACUGUCCGCCUCUUGUCGGAUGCAGAAAACGGUGCAGCUACGGCUACAAGACGAACAGACGCGGUUGUUCCAUAUGUCGCUGUCGAGCUUCUUGUACCGAUCACCUAAACGAGACGCAUCCGGAAGGAGCGACUUGGCAUCCGAACUCGUGCACAGCGUGCACCUGCCAACCCGGGGGCAGGCUCAGCUGCAGAGAAACCGUCUGUUCGAUCGCUUGUAACGAUCCGUCGCCUCCGAAGCCGGGAACCUGUUGUCCGAUCUGUCCGAUCACGCCUUCGAGAGAGAACGAGACGGGCAUCCAUCAGGGAACGAAGGGUUGGGGCACGGUGCCGAUCACCUUGAUCGCCAUACUGACACUGCUCUGUGUGCUUCUGAUCGUUCACAUCGUUCGCAGCCGAUUCCGGGGCCGACUGUCACCCUCCGAAUCAACGUCUUGCUCGUCGUCUUAUCCGCCGCAGUACUACAAAUACGUUCCGGCGUACGACACCCCGAUGCAUCUAAACGAGAAAAUCGUACCUUUGUAAAACACCGGAAAAAGCAUCAAUAUUCCGAGAGAAUACGAAGAAUCGUGAUCGUUUCGCGGUUACCAGCCGCGUACCUCGUUCACGGAAGCGAAGCCGAGCGGAUCGAUAGGCGAACAACGGACCGAGAAACGGACGGACCGAUCGCGCUGCUGCUGCUGCUGCUGCUAUCGCUGC